GGUCAAUCAUACUUUAUGGGGAAAAUGUUUGCAAUUGCAAAUUUUAGUCCAAAAGAUGGAGAAAGUAUAUCUAUUGUACAACAGACAUGAUACAUCUGUUGAUUUAGGUAGAGAACGGUAGAAAACGUAAGUGCAAUUUCGCUGGCAACGGUAUCCCCGUCUAUUUUUAGAGCGCGGGCGUCCUUCUAGUACUUUGAUUUUCAAAGCGCCACCUAUAAACAUUUCAGCUGCACAAAAUGGCGUCAUCUAGUCCUAGCACAAGUACAACAAUCGAUUACGAUCCGUAUGAGGAAGCACAGAUGGGUAGAGGAAGGGGCAGAGGACGGAGAGGUAGUGGGCGCCGAGGUCAGACUGGUCGUGGAAGAGGAAGAGGGGUCCGUGGAAAAAGAACUCUCAGGGGUGACAGGCUCGAUGCUGACCGACGGGCAUUUUUGGAAGAAUUACGAGAAGAAAGAAAGAGAAAAGCACAUGAGAUGGUUGAGUCACUUACAGAAGAAGGGGCCAAGAACAUUUUGAGAAAGGCUGCAGAGAAGGUGCCUGCGUUGCUACUAGAUGUAGCAGAUGAAUAAACCGCUGCUGCAGAAGGGCCAGAACCUGAGCCAGAAGAUAACACAAGUCCAUCCUGGUGUGUGUGUCAACACUGCAGAGAGAUGACAGAAGAUAGAGAGAAGGUUUGUUGUGGGAUGCGACCUGAUCUUUGCAGUAGCAUUCAGCCAGAAAUGGAAAUGUUCAUCAUGGAGCCUAUUGCCAUCCAGAUUAACCAAUUAUACCGAAAUGAUAUAUUUGCUAGGCAUGCAAGAACAGAGGAGGACCUGCAGAAGUCCAGAAGGCAUGCUGCCUACAGACUUUGGAUUCUGCACGAGUUCGGGAAGCUUGGGUACAAAGACAGACGUGUUAUCCCUUCAUGUGUCACUUGGACUGUCAGGGACAAGUACCCCGACCCUCGUGGUCAUUACGUUGGGUUCAUACCUUCAUGGUGACUUUUGCAUCUUUUAAUAAAUUGGCAGUCCAUAACUUGUUGUAUUGUCUGUAGUAAAUCACUAACUUUUCUGUGCCGAAAUUGAAACUUACAAAUAUUACCAAAUUUCAGGAAAGCCAUUUAUUGAGUUUUUGAUAUACAUAACAAGAGUCCUCUGAACUAUAUUUUGUAUAAUUACAUGACUUCUUUAAACAGCCGGUCAAUAGUUUGUGCUAUUGACUGGUCUAAUGUUCAACAAUUUUACUGGGCCGAAGUCAAAACUGAAAG